CAAGAAAUGGCAUUGCUCGAUUGAUAUUGAUAAUUCCUUCUUAUCUCUUAUCGGGUUGCUUCCCCGCCAGAAAAACCUUACUCUUUACUGUCAUUUUUAAUUCUGACAUCGUCAACUCUCAUCUGCAUUACGCCAUCUUUCUCUAUCUUUCUCUAUCUUCCACGCUAUAUACUAUACAGUACCUGAUAUAGGUUGAUAUUUCUUCAGUAUGCGGGACUCCGCCAUCCUCGAGUCCGCCCCGGACGUCCCGACAUCCCCGCAUUCCACGCCCUCCGACUCCAAGAAAUGGUCCCCCCAGGCUCUGAUCAGACAUGCCGAGCGCUCGCACAGUCGCAUGCCGGGCAUCCGCAAGGUGCCGUUGCGCGCCAUCGCGGUGAUCUUGUUUGUGGCGUUGAUGAACGUCGUGGUGUGGAUUGCCGCGGCGAUUCUGCUGCGUUACUAUCCGUCGUUGGUGUCGAACGCCGUGCUUUCGUAUACCCUUGGCUUGAGGCAUGCGUUUGACGCGGAUCACAUCUCGGCCAUCGAUCUGAUGACUCGGAGACUGCUGGCCACCGGCCAGCGACCCGUCACCGUGGGCACGUUCUUCUCCCUCGGCCACUCGACCAUCGUGAUCAUCACGUCCAUCGUCGUCGCCGCCACCGCGGCCGCCGUGUCCUCUCGCUUCGACAGCUUCAGCACCGUCGGCGGCAUCAUCGGCACCUCGGUCAGCGCCGCCUUCUUGAUCCUCCUGGGCCUGAUGAACGGGUACAUUCUGUAUAAGCUGUACAAGCAGAUGCAGAAGGUCCUGGAUCUCCCGGAGGGUCAGGAGGACGAGGCAUGGAAGAUCGAGGGCGGGGGGAUCAUGUUCUCCGUGUUGAAGAAGAUGUUCAAGCUGAUUGAUCGUCCGUGGAAAAUGUACCCGCUGGGAAUCCUCUUCGGCCUGGGCUUCGACACGUCCUCGGAGAUCGCGCUGCUCGGCAUCUCAUCCAUCGAAGCCGCCCGGGGGACUGAUUUCUGGGUGAUUCUGAUCUUCCCGAUCCUGUUCACAGCCGGAAUGUGUCUCCUCGACACCACCGACGGAGCCCUCAUGCUCUCCCUCUACAUCCAACCCGCCACCAACUUCCUCCCCGCCAAGCGCGAAUCCCCAUCCACCCCGCUCCUCGAAGAGGGUCUUGACACUCCCCCGGAGGAAGUCGAAUCGCAAAACCACCGCGACCCCAUCGCUUUCCUCUACUACUCAAUCGUCCUAACCACACUGACCGUGAUCGUCGCCAUCGUAAUCGGCAUCAUCCAGCUCCUAACCCUCGUGCUGAACGUCGCCGAACCCACCGGCCGCUUCUGGGACGGCGUCCAGACCGCCGGCGACUACUACGAUGCUAUCGGCGGCGGGAUCUGCGGCUGCUUCAUCGUCUUCGGCGGGAUCAGCGUGUUCGUGUACAAGCCGUGGAGAAGGUGGAUUGCCCGUCGGCAUGGGCAGACUGUCGUGGCGGAUGAGGAAGGCCACGAGGGGCGGUUGAGACCUGAUACGCCGAUUCUGAGCGAGGAGCGAGGGUCGCAGGGUAAGAACUAUGGCGCUGUAGACGGGAAGAAGGAUACUAGGGUUGUGGUUGAUGAGAGGGCUGAUGGGCCGGCUUAGACGGAUGUGGAUGAAACCAAGAUAUAGCCGUUGAGCGUGGAAGGGGGUUUCACAUACGAUGGACUGGAUGUGAUUUUGUUUUGGCUACACUACCCUACUCGCACUGAAUCCAGAAGCUGGUUGAAAAGGGAAAGGGUAAAAUAGCAGUGAAUUCAGACAAUUUAGCUUAUAUCCAG